AUGUUCAUCGAAGGCCUGAGUAAAGAUGCAGGUGAUGACCUUCUGUCGAAGGUGUACACCAGGCUUUCGGACUACCAAGCCCUGCCCCGCAACAAGGAUGCCAUCCUUGGCGACCUGCUGCGGGCGCACCGCGCUUGCGAGAGCUACGGCGGAUCCGCUGCGCUUGGUGGAGCCGAGCUCGUGCUCGUGUCGAUGAUGGCGGAAGUAUGGAGGUGUGACUGGCUCAGCCAGCCGACUACUUCGGCUGUUUUGAUCGGACCGCUGGAUGCCACAUUGAGGCGGCAUGGUCUUUCUGAGGAGGCUGCCAUGCGACUCACGUAUGGCAUCCUCGCACAUAUUGCACCACCGGUGCACAAUCACCAUGCAGAUGAGUGGGCUACUUCUGAUUCUGAUGCUUCGCCGGCCGUCGAGGACUCGUCUUUGGCGGACGACGGAGCGACAACACGAGAGGCUACUUCUACAGCACUGCAGCACACAGCCGACGAAGGGUCAACUGGAGCUGGCCACUUCGGGAGCUGGAAGCGAGCAGUGGAGGCUACUUCCACAAGGCUGCCGCAAACAGCAGACGAAGCGUCAACUGGAGUUGGCUGCCUUCGGAGCUGCGAGCGAGCAGCUGAGGCUACUUCUACAACGCUGCGGCAAGCAGCAGACGAGUCAACUGGAGUUGGCUACGCGCAGACCGCUGAGGAUCGUCCUACCCUAUGGCCAGCUGGUGAUCGGACGGUGCAGGAGCACAGUGACCCGUACUGGGAAACGUGCUACCAAUCUGCUCCGGAGCACAGUGACCCGUAUUGGGAAACUUGCUACCAAUCUGCUCCGACACAUGCCUGCGGCCUUCCGGCAGUGACGCUGUUGCCAUCGGCAUGUUCACAGAUGUGGACAGCACCCAGCGGGACUGCUUCCAUGGUGGCGGAGCCCCUGGAGACGUGGCAGUCCGCUUUGCAGGGCCAGCAAUGGCCAUUCCUUCCAAUGAGUGAGAUGGACUCCCUUUAUUCGAGUGUGCAGAGCAGCUUUGCUUUCAGCCAGGUGCAAGCACCCUGGGGGCAGCUGCAUCUUGCCCAAAGCCAGCCUCAGGCGGUGGAGGGUUUCUUCCCUUUGUCUUCUUGCAGUGGCAUUCCGGGACGAUACCUGGGGGGUUUCGAUUCUGGACCCGUGGAUCGGGCUUCGCCGGCCUCUACUACACCCGGCUGCAGCGACCCUGCUGCGAAGGGCAACCUUCCACGAGGCGGCGAGCACCACGGCGAAAGUGACACUGUCACUGCCACCACGGUCGCUGAAACAGCGAGCGAGACGACACAGGAUGAUGUGCUACUGAGUGUGCAGGAGACAACACGUUGGGCCGACGAGGAGGACCACGACCUCGGUUUGGACCUAACGGAGUUCAACCAAGCCUUUCUCGGGCGAUGUGCGCCCUGA